AUGUCAACAUUACUUAAACUUGUACAUGUAACAUUAUUUAUCACUAUUACAUAUGGUUUGAUUACCUUUUAUCAUGCCUUUAUCAAAUUUGGUUCUGGUAUUACUGGUACCAAUCAUCCUUUGAUGAUAUUGACAUUCUUAACUUUUUGGGGACAAAUCAUUUAUACAUUUUAUUAUUUUUGGGUAGUGAUGGUUGAUAUGGUUGAUUUAUUUGGAUUAAAGAGUAGUGCACCCAAUCUAUACCAAAUAACAUUAAAGGCAAGAGACUCUACAUUUAGAUCAUUGGUGUUUCCUGUUGGGUUGAUUGUAUCGAUCUUGUUUUGGGGACUGUAUGUAUAUGAUCGCAAUUUUAUCUAUCCUCCAACGACAGAGGCAGUCUAUCCACUUGGUCUAAAUCACAUUCAACACACUAUACCUGCAUUUGCAGCAAUCUUUGAAAUGAUGCUUGUCAAUCAUCAGUACCACCAUCAACUAUCGACAGGCACCACCACUGAACCAAGUACUGCCAAUGUCUACUCUGACGUUGUCAAUCUCAUCUCGUUCCUUCUCUUUUACAUGUCACUCUUUUUGGCAUCCAAGGUUUAUCUAGGACGUUGGCCAUAUCCCUUCCUCGGAGUGAUUCCAGUCUACUCUAAAGUCAUUUUCGUCUUUUCAUCGUGUUGCUUUUUUGUCUCAAUCUAUACAAUUGGUAGAAUGAUUGCAUUCAAGAGAUGGGGUGGUAAAUCUGAAUUCCCUCAACCUGCAAGAAUAAGAAGAAAUAUUAAUACUUUUACAACAACAAUUAAAAGUAAUAAAUUAGAUUAA